AUCCUUAUCCGCCAUCCUCUUUCAUCCUUCGCCUCCUAACCUCAUCCUCAUCACCACCGUCGCUGACAACGACCACUGACCAUGUCGUCUGGAAGCUCCCCCACCGGAGAGGCGGCCAAGGCGCCUCUCGACAUUGCCCCUACAGAGAAGAAUGUCACCACCACCACCCAGGUGCCUGACAUCCAGGCCUACGAGGAGACCCAGAAGACCAAGGGCCUUACGGGCAAGUCACUCAUCUUCGCCUGUGGAGCCGCCCUCUACUCGGAUGGUUACAUCAACGCCAUUUCCGGUACGGUCACGACGCUGAUCACCGGAUAUGACCAGCCCUACGCCAGUGCAAGCGAUAGCGAGAUUACGCGAUUCACCACCCUCUUCCCCUCCAUGAGCUUUGCCGGUACCGUCUUGGGCAUGCUCACCUUUGGUCUCGUGGUCGACAAAACCGGACGGAAGUGGGGUAUGCUCAUCUGCUCUGCCAUCCUGGUCCUCUUUUCCAUCCUCGCCGCCGGAGCUUACGGUGCGAACAACUCUACCUCUGGCCUCUUCACCUGCCUCAUUGUCUACCGCUUCCUCAUCGGAAUUGGUAUCGGUGGAGAGUACCCCUCGGGAAGUGUCGCCUGUGCAGAGAACACCGAGCAGUCCAACAUCAAGAAGAGCCAGCAGCAAGGUCUCUUCGUUCUCGCCACCAACACCUGCAUUGAUGUCGCCUUUGUGAUCGCGCCAUUUACCGUCUGGAUCCUGUACAAGAUCUUUGGCGAUAACCACAUUGCUUGGGUCUGGCGAUUGGCUCUCGGCUUCGGUGCUAUUCCUCCUCUCAUCCUCUUCUUCCUGCGGACCAAGAUCCAGGAGCCACCUUCGUACAAGCGGGGAGCUAUCAAGCACCACAUGCCCUGGUGGUUGAUCAUCAAGAAAUACUGGCUCAGGCUCGUAGCCGUCUGCAUUGUUUGGUUCUGCUACGACUUCGUCUCCUACCCCGCCGGAAUCUACGCGUCGUACUUCACUUCAGAACUCUACCCCAAUGCCGACCUUUCCCUCAACCUGGCCUUCACCAUCGCUCUCAAUGCCGGCUACAUCCCAGGCACGGUCAUCGGCGCGCUCAUCGUUGACAAACUCGGCCCAAAGAAGACCAUUUGCCUUUUCCUGGGCCUCCAGGCCAUCUUUGGCUUCGCGCUCGCCGGAGCCUUUGGUUACUUCAAGAACCACACCGCGGGGCUUAUUGUUAUGUACGUGCUAUACAUUGCCUUUGGUGAAGCUGGUCCUGGUAACUGCCUCGGUCUCCUCGCCUCCAAGGCAGUAGCGCCGACUCCGGUCAGGGGAGUGAUGUACGGAUUCGCAGCUGCCAUCGGCAAGGUCGGUGCCUUUGUGGGCAGCUACAUCUUUGUUCCUACACAGAACAAGUGGCCAGAGUCGGACGACAUGCACUACGCUGUCACCUACUACAUCGGUGCUUCGCUAGCCGUCCUCGCCAUGCUCUGCGUCAUCUUCUUCAUCCCACCGGUCGAGCACGACGGAAUCGUCAAGAUGGACGAGGAGUUCUUUGCCUACCUGGAGGCCAACGGCUACGACAUGCGCAACGUUGGACUUGCCUCGGAGGGAGCCUACCCUGGUAGGAUCUCGGAGGAAGGGGAAGGUGUCAACUCGAGCAAGGUCGCCAAUUAGGGGCGGCCGUUCUUGUGAUUUG